GAACUCUUCUCUUAAACUUACAGACACAAACCAAUCAGCCACACGUCUAUAGCACGAUUUGCUCACAAAUCUGACUUCCACCGAAGAUUAUAAGUAGAGAUCUAUCACUUAUUAAAUCUUCAUCGAGAGAGAGAGAAAGUAGAAGAUAUGGUUUCAGAGGCGAUAUCACAGACGGAAUCACCACCGUUGAUUGGACCUCGUAUUUCUUUCUCAGCUGAUUUAUCCGACGGUGGAGACUUCAUCUGCAUCACCCCCGCAAUGUGUAAAGAGUUAGAGAAAGACGUGGUCAAAGGGUCAGUGAAAGUCGCCGACUUUGAGUUCUUGUCGGAAAAUGUGAGUCCACAAAGAAUGCUCACCGCGGACGAACUCUUCUCCGAAGGAAAGUUGCUUCCUUUCUGGCAAGUAAAGCACUCAGAGAAGCUUAAAAACGUUAACUUGAAGACGAACGAAGAAGAAGUAGAAGAAGAGAAUCGUAAAGUGGAAGUGACGAUGAAGAACAAAGAUCAGGAGAAUAAUAAUAAUAAUAAUAAUAACAGAGUGAGUUGGUUUAUAGACGAAGAUCCAUCUCCUCGUCCUCCGAAAUGCACAGUGCUUUGGAAAGAGCUUUUGCGGUUGAAGAAACAGAGGAAUUCUUCGUCUUCUUCGUCGGUGAGGACCGUGUCGUCGUUGUCUCCAUCGUCUUCCACGUCUUCAUCGAGCUCACUUGAGGAUGCAGCUGCGAAGAGAGAGGAGAGAGAGAAAGAAGGGAAGAGAGGUAAGAAAGGAUUAGAGAGGACGAGAUCGGCGAGUAUGAGGAUUCGGCCGAUGAUUCAUGUUCCUAUUUGCACUCCUUCUAAAUCCUCUGUUCCUUUGCCUCCUCUGUUUCCGCUUGCGCUAAAGAAAAACAGAGUGGAGAGACGCACUUGAAAAGUUCGAAUCUAUCUUUCGAUUGACACAAUUAUUGGUUGAUUUGUUCAGAAUCUCGAGUGUCUUUUGAUGUGGUCUGUAACUCUAAUGCAUUUGAUUAAGCGUUGUAUCAGAUGUAUUUUUGUUAAUCUUUAUGGGUUGAGAUCUAAUGUGUAACAGUGCUAAGUGUCAAGAAA